UGGAAUUUGGAAGUCAACUGCAGGAUAAUAGAUCGGUGUAUGGGAUGAUUUCUGCUGCUGACUGGAGCGCCGCCGCGGAAGACGGUGGUCGUGCUUGUCCUCCUCAUCCCCCCACCCCUUUUCUUCCCCCCGUCACCCCUCUUCUUCCGCCCGCCAUCGCCAUUCCCCAGCUGCAUGUACUAACCCAUCAAAGCUGUUUUUCGUGUCCAAUGGGCAUCAUGGGCAUGGUGGCCGGCGGCGGGAUAGAGACGACUUGCCAGGAAGAGUUGGUCGGGUUUAUGCCCGUGCCGCCUCCUCUGCCGCUUUUCGGAGUGUUCCCAGUGGUCCAGGACGAGGGAGGAGGAGGGGAAGAAGGCGGAGGAGGAGGAGGAGGAGGAGGAGGAGGAGGAGGAGCAGCAGGAGGAGGAGGAGGAGGAGGAGAGAGAUGGAAGGAAGAAAGAGGAGGGGAAGAAGAAGAGCAGAAGGCAGGGAUCUACACCCCGGCGAGCACGUCGAUAGCGGAUUUGCCAACUGUUAUCUUGUCUACAGUAUUCUCGUAUUUACUGGAUCCACGAGACGUUGUUUACGUGGCGGCCACGUGUCGCGCAUUUAGCGCGGUUGUUGCGCAGGCGGGUCUAAAGCUACGAAUCUGGCCGCAAAAGCGGCUGGAGAGAACAAGCGGACCCGGAAGAGAGGGGGGAAGGUGGGCGGGAGGAGGAUGGGGGGUGGGGGAUGAGCAUGGGGGCCUUGGAAAUGGCUUGCGAUCCGGGUUUAGGAGUGGAGUCGGGUUCGCUCGGCAAGAGGAAGAGGAACACGAAGCGGUUGUUGCGAGGACGAGAGCCGCCAUAGCCAGUAUCUGCAAGAUGAUGAAGGCGACGGAGGAAUUGGAUUUGUCCGGUUCCGAUAUUGUCGAUGAAGAUGUCGUCUGCGUGCUGGCGAAUCUCUCGCGUCUUGAAACUCUGGUUCUCGACAAGUGCCAGAAACUGACGUCAGCUGUUCCAGCAGCGCUUGCGGCUUGUGGGAGGUCAGGUCCUCGUGCAGUUAGUAUGGAGCGAUGCUUCAAGCUGGGGGCAUCUUCAGCGGGAGACGUACUGAGAGCAGGCUCCGUUCCCGGCUCCCGUUUGAGAGCAGCACAGGCAGCAGGCUUCGAAAGAACCGGAGCCUUGCUCCACAUCCAUGAACGGUGGCAAAUGAGAAUGACCAUGCUACUCUUCUCUGUAUCUUUCCGUGGUCCGGCGGAAGAUUCAUUCUCAUUUUGCACCAUUCGUGGAAGUGGAGCGAGGCUCCAGUUCUUUCGAAGCCUGGCGCCUGCUGCCAGUUGUCCUCUGCUGGAAAUGCUCCUUCUAGGAGGCUCUGGUGAAAGUCUUGGUUACGACAACGCAAAACAGGAGCAAGUGUCGUCAGCCUUGAUCAUGGCUACGGAGGUGCUUCCAAAAUUGCAGAUCUUGGAGAUCACUUUCUUUGGGGGUGCUGUUGUGAGCGCUGUAAGAAGAGGAAAAAGGAACGGCGUCCAGGUAUGGGACUUGUCAGAAGCCAGAUCAGUGUGGUCGGCUGCCAACUUCGUGGAGGGAAUCCGCUUGGCAGAAAAAGGUCAAACAUUAAGGAGGGACAAGUUACCCAUUUGGUGUUGCAGGUAUCUGGAUUGCAUACCUGCUGGUCCACGAUUGAGGCAUGCUUCGUGCCCCUGGAUGGGUCUUAAGGAGUCAUCAGAUGGCUUAUUUGAAGCAUAUGUGGGAGGGUUUGCGGUUGGCAAGCACUCAUUGUUUGGCUGUGAAUCCCUUUUCACACAAGACAUGGAUGAUGCCUUGGCUGUUGAAGAUCAGUGGACAAGGCAAGAGGAUGCCUCCGAUGAGAGGGGGAUCACAGAGUUCAGGUUCGAUGUGGAGCUAGGAUUGGACUGGGAGGAGGGGACUUGGGAGAGUGCCGGAAGAGAUACCUUAAUGGCACUCAGAGCAGCAGCAAAUUGCUCAAAUGCUCGCAGGAAAACCCCCCUUCACAUCGCUGCAUCAAACGGCAAUGCCGUCUCUGCCGCUGGCCUCUUAGCCAUUGGAGCGACUCCCUUCGGUGCAAAAGAUGCGGGCGGUAUGACACCACUCUUCACUGCCGCGGAGUGGGGGUAUACCAAUGUCGUUAAGACAUUGUUGAAAGGUGGUGGUGAUGUCCUGGUCUGGAAUAGGGCAGGCGAGUGUCCUUUGUACAUAGCAGCUUUGAAGGGGCAUGUAAAAGUUGUGGAGGUGAUGCUUGCGCAUUGCCAGGAGCAUGGCAUUGAUUGGCAGAAUGCUGACUAUUAUGGAGAUGGAUGGACACCUCUGAUGGCUGCAGCCAUUGCAGACCGUCAAGAUGUGGCCAAGUUGUUACUCUGGGCCAGUGGAUCGGAAGACGAUGUUCAUAAGGAGGGAGACAUGAAGGGCACGAACAGCUUGCUGGGCACACUGCAAGAAAGCUUGCCGUGCCAUCAAGAUGGCGCAUGGGCUCUUCCUGCCGGGGUUACGGAUGUCGAGGACCCCAUUUUCGCAGCGCCCGAGAGCUGCUUGGACGCCACCACAGGAACCCAGACAUUUAUCCCAUCAGAGAUGCUUCUCCCUUGCACGGUCAAUCGAAGAGAAUUUGAAAGCAGAAAUUUCCAAAAAAGGAAGGGCAGCGUUGACCGGGAAGUGGAUGAAGGGCCGGCAAUGAAAGGAUUGCUCAGGAAGUGCCAGUUGGGAAAGCAGCUUCUGGACGCGCAAAAUCGCUAUGGGCAGACCGCAUUGCAUAUCGCAGCCAGACGGCCAUCUGUUUGGUUUGUGACUAACCUUCUAAGUGCUGGAGCAUGUCCCGACAUUGCUGAUCAAUAUGGGCACACUGCAGUUGAUGUUGCAAGACGGCAGGGUCAUUCCACGGUCGUGGAUCUUUUCCGUGCUUGGAAGGCUAUGCAAGCAAAGGCACGGGUUGAUAGGUGUGAGGCAUCGUCAACGACCUGCCGAUCAGGGAAGAAGUCUGUGGCAUCAGAGAAGGUUUGGCCUCUGCCAUCAGCACACUGGGAAGCAGGAGCCACUUCAGAUUCUCCAUUGCUUUCGACAAAAAAGCUGGUGUCGCCGCCAUCAUCCUCAUCGCCGAGGAUGGACGGUCGUCUGAUCAGCCAUGCUCGUUCAGGUAGUCUGGGCAGUGAGGGCACACAGGAAAUGGCUCGUUGUUCUGCACCCACGGGAGAAGAUGAAAAGGCUGCUAUUAUUGAGCGUACAUCAUCUCCUCGUGGGUCUCAAAUGCCCUCUUUGAACACAGAGCCGCCACCCGUGCAAAGGCUCAUGGACCAAGCUGGGUCGGGAACUGGCGCAGGGCGAGCUGGGCGAAGACGAAGAGGACGAGCUAGCAGGGAGCCCAGCUGGCAACAAACUCGACAGCACGCUGGGAUCAGGGAGGGCGAUGGGGUGCUUGCUGGGUCGGAUGGGCCGUUUGCAAGGAAUGUCCUUUUCGAAAGCGACGAGGCAUCUCCAAGCAGCAUCAACACAUCAUCUCCUUGCACUUCACCCCGUAUGUCAGUUGCACAAGGCGGUGAUGCUGAGGGGAACAGAAGCAGUGGACCACCAUACAGUGCCUCAACCAGGAGUAGCAGAACAGCUCCAGGAGAACAAGGAGGGGGAGGCGAUACGUUGUCUCUAUCACCUGAGAGCCAAGCAACUGGCCAGGAGAAUGGCCAAGCAGUGGAGAAGCAAGACGUGGAAGACCGACCCCAUCAAAGGAUCGAAGAGAAGGUGCCAAGUAGCAGACACAUGCAUGCGUGGACUUUCCGUUUCCGCAGAGAACAGGGUUGGAGCAGCGGCGAGGUGCCGGGCUUCGUGAUGCUGACGACAAGUCGUAACUGCUGUGUUUCUUAUCUAUUUAGCAGUGGAGAAGCAAGACGUGGAAGAUCGACCCUAUCGAAGGAUCGGAGAGAAGGUGCUGACCCGAAGUUCCAAAUCUUAAUUGUGCGGGGAUCACGGCCUUGUAAGAUGAGGAAUACAAGGAACAGGCAGAGGAGGAAGGAGAGGAGAGCGAGGAGGAGAGCGAGGAGGAGAGCAUGCAACUGCGAUGUAGCCUCCAACUCCGGCUCCAUUUCAGAAAGAUCUAGUCCUCACAUAGCGGCAGCGGCGGCAGCGGCAGAGGCGGCAGUGGCAGCGGCGGCAGCGGCAGCGGCACCAGCAAGGUGGCGGCUACGCGUUGUGUGCUCUCGUGCGACUUGUUCCUACAGUUGACAGGUCCUCUUCUUUGUUCCUUUUUUCUCUAAGUCGAAUUUUUGCAAAGUCUGGCCAGGUUGAGAGUGCGGUGCGACAACACAAGUGGACUCUUGUCUGUCCGGACAAGGCAGGAAAUAUCGAAACUUGUGUGUUAUCGCAGACAGGAGGCUCAAAGUUUUCAUCGGCAGGUUUCUUCUUUAGGAGGGUGGAGACCAUGGUCGAUACCCUCUUUACCAGGAGGGAUGGUGGGGGAAGCUUGUGCUUUACGCUUGGAGCACCGGAUGUUUACUUCCGCACUGAGCUUCUUCAGACAGAAUGUGUAUAUUGUGUGUGUGACCGACCACAAGUGUGUGUGUGCGUGUUUUGUGUGCGCUCUCACUCGUGUGUCUGUGCGUGCGUUGUGUGUGUGUGUGUGAGAGAGAGUUUGGGAGGGGGAGAGAGAGAGAGCGAGAGCGAAAGCGAAAGCGAGAGAGAGAGAGAGAGAGAGAGAGAGAGAGAAUGCUACUGAUCAGCUGAUGUGUGUGUGUGUGUGUGUGUGUGUGUGUGUGUGUGUGUGUGUGUGUGUGUGUGUAUUGUGUUUUCCAUGUGUCCGUGGAGCUGCAACGCAGACGUUGAUCUAUGAUAGAUAGUUUCAAUUUCAGAACACAAGUUCUUGGAUCAAGUUGGAUGUCUUUGAGAGUGACAGCCUGUUUCAAUGAUUCCAUUUUAAUGCUCACAAAAUUGCAGUGGACUUCUCGUUGGUGUUCGGAAUGCUGGAUGGGAGGAACACUGGGUGUUUGUAAAUGCAUUGUUCAACAAGUCCAGAAGUGCUUGACGGCUUGAAGCCCCGUCUGUCAGAAGUUGUGGCUAGCGUUUGCCGCCUCUUUGGGACCACCACCUCUUAGCGCCUUUCUGGGAGGCUGGGACCGUUUUCUGGAACCUUCCUGGGACCGAUGUGUUCUUUUGGGACUCUCCCUUCCCGUCGAAGAGUAUGAGGUCUUUUCGUGGCACCACCGAUCCCCAGGGCCUCCUUCCAAGGUUUUGGCAUCGUAUGUGAGCCUCGGGAAAAAAAAAAAGCCUGUAUAGCUUUCAAGCCCUUAAUGGCUCUCUUCUGGCGCCCGGUUGAGACGUGCUUUCGACUCUUUUUUUUUUUGCCGGUGCGAUCAGACCAGACGAGUUUACGGCGCGCCCAAUGGAGCUGACAAGGGAAGAGAACUUCAGAGAAGAGAGAAGGAGAAAGCAAGUGAGAACGAAAGGUGGUUGCGAGUUUGACUUUUGACUGUUGAAUGUGCUCUCCCUUGCAAUGAGGUAUUUUCCUUUCCCAAGUUCAACAUUCUCAGAGGCUGUGCCGUCUUGAACUCUGCUUAUUUCUUGGGCAACUGUGCACAUCAAUUAAAUUGUAGUGAAUCAUUUUACAUGCGCAUAGGUUUGCACACACCUCUUGUGCGUGUGUCUUGUCAUAUUCGCUAUACACUCAAAAAAAGCACGACUGUGUGGUGGGGUGUGUGUGUGUGUGUGUGUGUGUGUUGUCAUAUUCACUAUACACUAAAAAAAAAGCGAAAAAAAGCAUGUGUGUGUGUGUGUGUGUGUGUGUGUGUGUGUGUGUGUGUGUGUGAAAGAGAGAGAGAGAGAGAGAGAUUCGUUCUUCAAAUACACAAAAUUGCAGAUCGACAUAAAGUGCAGUAAAGCAUCCUACAUGUG